CAAAAGCUUUUUACGCCGGGGGCCGUUCAGUGUUAAAGUGGGGAACCCGGAAAUGACGUUUUCACCAGUUGUGUGUUGUGUUGUCGUCGUCGUCGUCUGCUGUUUGGUGAUUGGAUCCUGCUAUGAGACGAGUCAGAGUCGACCAAACGUCAGAGGAAGGGGAAGCAACUCCCAAUCGGCCAAAAGACCUAAACAAGCAAUCCAUCCCAGGUACAAUGCGAAUAAUGUGACACUCAACAGAGGUAGGACCUACACUCAGAGGACACCCGUAGACAGGACACGUAGAAUUGGGACAAUUGACAACCAAAAAACGAACUACUUACAAUGGCUACUAGGAGUGUCACCAAGCAAAGAAAAGCAAAUCACACAGCCUUAUUCGGGGGAAUCGAUUCGGCUCCGCAGCAGCCAAAAGUUCUACACGUCUGGUCUGGUGGAGGUCUACAGAGCCGGCAGGUGGGGCUACGUCUGUGACGACAACUGGGACCUCCAGGACGGCAACGUGGCAUGUCGACAGCUGGGCUUUAUCAAAGGAGCCUCAAAAGUGAGUAUGGGAGAUGAAGUGGUCCCCUUAAGAAACAUGGACAGUCACGAGGUUCUGAUGGAUGAUGUGGCAUGUUCGGGGGACGAGUCAAGGCUUCAGGACUGUGAGUACAGCACGCUACACGACUGCUCACCGGCUGAGGCGGCAACGGUCACGUGUCAAGACAACUCAGGAUGCCCGGAGGGGUGGGUGUCAGGCUUCGGAAAGUGCUACAAGUUUAUCGCAAAAGCUCCCAACUACAUGAAAGCCCUUGAGUACUGCUUGAGUAAAAAUGCCACGCUGCUGACCAUAGACUCGGCCGAGGAGAAUCAUUUCCUGUCGAAUGUGAUUAAAAACAACAUGCCUGACCAACGCCAGUGGCUGACCGGUGGGAAAAAGUUGCAAGGCGAGUGGUCCUGGUUUCAAGUCGUGACCCAAAGGUCAAGGACAAGCGGCAAAUCCUACAGGCUGGUGGCGUCACCUAUUGUGGGUGAUAAAUGGUUCCCAGGCUGGCAUCAGGUCAGAAAUGUCCACGCUGAGCCAGCCAAUCGGAGAAAGUUUGACUGCCUGACCUUGUCUGACGAGUACCUUGAUCCCUGGAACAUCACGAGAAUACUGGACUAUUUCUUCUGGAAGGCUGACACCUGCCAGAAGUCUGCGGGCAUCGACUUCAUCUGCCAGUCCACGGCAAGUGAGACGGAGGACAAUACAGAUUGUUACACAGAGGACGGCAGCACGUACAGAGGGUUGGCUCAGACCACGGUCAGUGGGAGUCUGUGUCUGAACUGGGACGAUUCCAUGGUCGUCAAUAGCCGGACACACCCGAACAUGGGGCUGGGCGACCACAACUUCUGCAGAAACCCAGACCGCGAGAAAAGGCCCUGGUGUUGGGUGAGCCACGAAGAGCAGAAGUUUGGUUUCUGUAAGGUCGACAGGUGCACCCACGCGUCCGUCGUAGAGGUCACCACAAAACCAGCCAGUGCACUCAAUUGCCCGGCCAGCGAAUUCUAUUGUUCGCUCGAUCAAAAGUGCAUACCUGCCCUGUUUCGGUGUGAUAGAGAUUUUGAUUGUCCAUCAAAAGAAGACGAGGACGACUGCGAAUAUGCCACUAGUAUAUUCGAACGGUAUAAAGAUCAAGUUUUAACCUUGAACGAUGAUACACUCGUCUACUCGACCACCGCCUACGAGGGGAUCAGUGCAGAAAUGUGCGCCAGAAAAUGCCGAGACGCCUCCGAGUUCCUGUGUCGGUCAUUCACCUACGACACCCGUCUGGUCAGGUGUGCGUUGUCCAGCUUCAACACCAACCACGGCACCCUGAAGCCAGCCUCAGCCAUAGACUACUACGAGAUCACCUCUCAACGGGACUGCACUGGGAAAUUUAUCUGCGAGAAUAAAUUUUGCGUUGAUAAAGGUGUGGUGUGUGAUGGCGAGAACGAUUGUAAGGACAUGUCGGAUGAGCUGAAUUGUAGCACAGAAGUCACGCCUGACAGCGUAGAUAAUGUCCUGAGUGUUCGUCUCGUGGGUGGCCAGGAACAUUCUGGAACCGUGGAGGUGACCUACAUGGGGGUGACGGGCGUGGUCUGUGAUGACGAGUGGUCCAUAGAGGACGCGCAAGUCGUCUGCCGGAUGUUGGGCUACAGGGCAGCCAAACGACACACGAUCUUAAACGAGUUCGACUACCCGACAGAGGGCUUUCAAUUCCUGCUGGACAAUGUCCAGUGUUCGGGCAACGAGACCUCGCUCAAGGACUGCAAGAAGGAAGCGUGGAGGACACACGACUGCCGGAGCUAUGAGAUAGCCGGGGUCGAGUGUAAAACAUCCAAAGUUUGUGAACCGAGCCAGUUCAGGUGCAAGAACUCCUUCUGUGUGGAGCCCAGCGAUGUCUGUAAUGGAAAAGACGAUUGUGAGGAUAACUCUGACGAAACCAAUUGCUCCAUGCCAGAGAUACAAGUCCGGCUGGUCAACGGGAGCGACAUCUGGGAGGGGAGGGUGGAGAUUGUCAGGAAUGGGCUGGCUGGAACCGUGUGUGAUGACCACUGGGACGACAAGGAUGCUCAAGUUCUUUGUAGGAUGUUGGGAUACAGGCACGGAGGUGAAGCAAAGUUGAAUGGUUACUACGGACGCGGACAAGGUCCAAUAUGGCUGGACGAUGUCAGAUGUUCAGGCACCGAGCUAUCCCUGUCCAACUGUUCCCACGCAGGGUGGGGGCGGGCAGACUGUGAGCACAGGGAGGACGCGGGGGUCCGGUGUCACCUGACCUCCGGGCUGACGUCCAGGCGAUCUAUAACCCACACCCCGACGACGAAAGCGAUACCGAGUGCGCCGACGACUUUACCGCCGAGUGAUACUAUCACCGUCAGACUUGUGGGAGGUUCGAAACCAUCUGAGGGCAACGUGGAGCUGCUCGUCCAUGGCAAGAUUUUCCGUGUCUGUGACGACAACUGGGACGUCAACGACUGUCGUGUCGUCUGCAGGAUGCUGGGAUACACAAACGGCGGUCACCCGACGAAGGAAUCAUUUUACCCCGAUUCCAAAACGGUGCCCAUCCUGCUGGAUGAGGUGGACUGUGUUGGCACCGAGCAGAGUCUGGAGAUGUGCAUGGCCAACAGCCUAGAGCACGACUGCACCAACAAGGAGUAUGCGGGGGUGGUGUGUAGGGACAACACAGAGACAUCGUCAGCUGGUGCGCUGACGUGUGGCGGCCGACCGUUUGACCACAAGGACGUCUUCAACCACUCACGUGUGGCACGCGACACCAGCCACGCCCACCCACACUGGGCCACCAAGAUCAUCGCGGGCCGGAUCGCCAUGCACGGGGCCAUCCCCUGGCAGGCCAAGCUGAACCUCGUGUUCAGCCCCACCCACAUCGGACACCAGUGUGGGGGAGUCGUCUUCAGUGAGCACUGGGUACUCACGGCUGCGCACUGCGUCACAGGUAGACGGAAAUCACAUUUCCGUUUAUCAGUUGGUGAACACAGCGGCAAGAAAACCGAUGUGGGGGAGCAGACAUUUCAAUUAGAUAACAUCAUUAUGCACCAGAAUUAUGCUGCGAAAAACAACGACAUCGCCCUGCUCAAAGUGAAACCAAUCAACGGACGAGGGAUACAGUUCAACGAUUUCGUCCAGCCCGCCUGUUUACCUGGGCCGGAGACCGAGUACAUCGAGGGAACCACCUGUAUCAUCUCAGGCUGGGGGAACAUGGAACGGUCAGAGUUCUACACGAGUUACCCGGACUUAUUGAAGGAAGCAGACGUUCCAAUAAUGUCAGAUCGAACUUGUAGUCGUCUGUAUAGAAGCAGUAUCGCGCCCUUAAACACAAGGACUAUGUUUUGUGCUGGAUACUUGAGCGGCAAGAUGGACUCAUGUGCCGGGGACAGUGGCGGUCCUUUAGUUUGUCGUUUAGAUGGCGUCUACACAGUAUUAGGCUUGACCUCCUGGGGCAACGGGUGCGGACAGCCCAACUCCCCAGGUGUUUAUGUCAGGCUGAAGGAAUUCAUCCCCUGGAUUCUCUCUACAAUCCAAGCCCACAGCAGUGACAGCCAACAGAAAGAACUUCCCAAAAAUCCGUGAUCGAACAUCUGAUGAAAUAUUUUUUUCCUCUUCUAAUUUUGAAUAUAACAAGACACAUUUCUGAAGUAUGUGAUUGUUACAUACUCACAAAUAUAUGCAGCUUUGAAACUUGAGUGCUUUAAAUGUGAAUAAAUACACUACGAUUUAUGUUAA